CAGCACAAAUACACGCAGACGCCACUACACGCAAGGACUUUAUUUCCAUCGCCGUUUUCUUGUUUUCCCCCUGCAAGAAUGAUUCCUGAGGGGAACUUUGUUUCCAGCGUCAUGGAGAACAGGAUGCGAUCCGUGGGUUUGGCCCUGGAGGAGCUCCUGCUGACGGCUCAGAAACAAGACUGCCUGACUGUUGGCAUCUAUGAGUCAGCUAAACUUCUCAACGCGGACCCGGACAGCGUGGUGCUGUGCGUCCUGGCGGCCGACGACGAAGACGACGUGGCUCUCCAGAUCCACUUCACCCUGUUGCGGUCGUUCUGCUGCGACAACAGCAUCACCAUCCUGAGGGUGUCCGGCGUGCCGCGGCUCGGGCAGCUGCUGGCGGCUGUGGACGCCAACAGCAACGCGGAGGAGCCCAAAGACCUGCACUGCAUGCUGGUGACGAACCCCCAAGCUGAGCACCGUAGGCUCCAGGAAGUGGGGAUCUACUGCCAGGAGAGCCGACGCAUGAACCAGUGGGUGCCCGAACUGGUUCUGCAGGAGCGUUGAAGCGCACCCGAACGCCACACGGAACACGAAGGAGCGCUUUCUGGGUUCCUUUCAAGAUGAUGAACUUUUAGGAGGAUGCCGCAGCUCCACAAGGGGACGUUUCUGGACUGGACCAGGCGAAGCUGGAACCGAGGACAUGCUGGAAGGAUCACAUCUCCAGACUAUUUAUUGUUCUUUGCGGGCCAGGAUGUCCUGAGACAGUCUGUACGUUAUGCUGCUAAUCAGCCCUCGCUGCUUGCUCAGGGGGCAGCAGCAGCGGGGGCCACAGAGGAGAAAUUCCACACCCCAGCUGGUUCCUGGAGCAGCCACGUGGUUUCUAAGAACCAGACAGGAAUGUCGCAACGCUGAACCUGUGCCUAGCAUUCCCUGUAUUCCGGCGUGGAAGAUUCCUCGGAGAGGCGUGUGCGUCGCAGAGGCACCGUCUCCAUGGAAACUGAAACGGUUUUCACAGGAUCCAAAGAAAGACCUUCUCGAAGCAUUCAAUGUGUUGAUGAGAUACUGAAUAGUACACACACUGUAUUUCAGUUUAUGUCUUUUAAAGUCUUGAUAAUAAAGUAUUUUCUUCAUAUCA